AGCCUAAGCAGAAGAGGCCACAUAGGAGGGUCUUGACCUGAAGUGUGGUCACUCACAGUUCCUGAUGGUGGGCAGUGUGUGGGCGGCUCUGGAGAUCUCCCUGGCCUGCAUCUCAGCCCUGGGCCUCAUCUCCCCUGCCUGGUUCCAGACCCCUACCUUCUCCUUUGGCAUCCUCACCUACUGCUCCUGGCCUCAGGGUGAUAGCUGGAACCAGAGUUGUGGGGUCUUCAGGUCCCUGGAUGAUAUUCCUGACUUUGCCUGGAAGGUCUCAGCUGUGAUUCUUCUCGGAGGCUGGUUCCUGUUGGCCUUCAAUGCAAUUCUCCUCCUGUCCUGGGCCCUGGCCCCCAAAGGGAUGUGCCCAAGGAGAGGCAGUGGCCCAAUGCCAGGGGUGCAGGCAGCUGCAGCCACUGCCAUUGUUGUGGGCCUUCUGGUUUUCCCAGUCAGCUUGGCCUCCGCAUUCGCCAAGAAAGCCUGUGGAGCCUCUUCCAUGUACCACGGUGGGCAGUGUCAGCUGGGCUGGGGCUACGUGACCGCCAUCCUCACUGCAGUCCUGGCUAGCCUCCUCCCCAUGAUAGGCAGGCCCCACAGGACCCAUGUCCAGGGCAGGACCAUCUUCUUUUCCAGUGACACUGAGAGAAUCAUCCUAGUGCCAGAAAGGAGCAAAUAA